UAGGCCGGAAGUGGGGCGGGGCAAGGCAAGGCGGCGGCGGGCGAUGGCGGAGAAGUUCGACUCCCUGGAGGAGCACCUGGAGAAGUUCGUGGAGAACAUUCGGCAGCUCGGCAUUAUCGUCAGUGACUUCCAGCCCAGCAGCCAGGCUGGUCUCAACCAGAAACUGAAUUUCAUGGUAACGGGCUUGCAGGAUAUCGACAAAUGCCGACAGCAGCUUCACGAUAUCAGCGUGCCCUUGGAAGUUUUUGAAUACAUAGAUCAAGGCCGCAAUCCUCAGCUUUACACUAAAGAGUGUCUGGAGCGAGCUUUGGCUAAAAAUGAACAAGUGAAAGGAAAAAUUGACACAAUGAAGAAAUUUAAAAGUCUGUUAAUUCAAGAACUGACAAAGGUGUUCCCAGAAGACAUGGCAAAGUACAAAGCUAUUCGAGGAGAAGAUCCUCCUCCUUAGGCUGGCCUUUGAUAGCACUAAAAAUGUCAAUCCAUAAACUGACACCACUCUAUAAAAACAUUGAUUAGAGAGAGGGGGAAUCCAAGCUGUCAUAACAACUGUAACUAAAAAUGGCAGUGAUGGACUGAUUGCUAAUGGGUCUGGUCUGAAGCUACUGAAUAUUUCUGAAGACUUUGAGUAAAAGAUUGCAGUUGAAACUUUCUAUGGGAAUCUAUUCUUUCCUGAAAGGCUUUGGAGAUAUAAUUGUUUACAGGUCAUCAAUGCAAAUCAUUUCGCACAAAGUACAUUUCCAGAGCAGAAAAUCAUGGGUUUUGUCUUCUGAAAAGUGUGCUCCGAGAGUGAGGGCUCACUUCUUUUUAAGGGAAGUGUAUUUAUUAUACUUGAUAAUUUUUCAUUUGUAAACUGCUUUUUUUCAUUACUGUACAAACACUUGACUACUUUCAUCUUGCUAAAUUCUACUGAACAGGAGCCUGUCAAGGGCUGCAGUUCUCAUGUGGCAUAAUGAAUUGCAUCCAAGAAAAACUUCAGCUAUUCUUGUUUUGUUCUAUGAGCUGCAGUGCAGAUGGUUGAGGAUAUAGAAAGUGAGCAUAUUCGGGAACUAGCUCCUCAGCAAUGUUAAUAUUUUGUUUAGUAUUUAAUGUAAGCUUUUGUUUAAUUCUACCCAUUUUCUGUAAUCUGGUUGUUGAAUAAAAAUGUGAAAAAAAAUCUAAAUGCUAAUGUUUUUCUGUUGCAUGCUACUCUUUGGAGAAUGAACUGAAAGCUGUGAAAAAUAGCGUAUUCUUCAGUCUCACAGUGAUAGAAAUAAAAGAUAUUAAAACUUUGCUAUUAAA